UUCUUGGCCAGCAUGGAGCUGCGCUGCGGUGGCCGGUUCGUCGACUAGUCGGUUGGAGAGCGGGAAGACAGCUCUGCGAGAGUCUCUCCAUCAGGCUUUUAUGUUUAUGGUUGUUCUUUUUGCUGUUGUCGCUGGCGUUGUCGCAAUCGCAGCCGUUUUUAGACCCGCGUCACAUUCGUAGUCGAUUUUGGGCUUCGAUUGUUGUUGGCUCGGAUUGGAUUUGUGACUCGGCGAGUGUGCGUGCACUGCCCAAACGCGAACGGUGAUCGUUUCACGUAUUUGUUUGCUCAAUUAUCGAGCUGCCUGGCCUGUGACGUCAGGCAGAAGAUCGCCUAGAGGUAAUCUUCCACCAAGACAUGGCUUUGCCUUGGAUCAUUCCCCUGGCCUACUGGCUCCUCGCUGGGGUGCGAUCUCUGGAGAUCGCCAGCAUUGACCACCCCUGCGCCUAUGCGGACACGGUUAACAUCACGGAUGGUCUCCGGUUGAAGGACGGAUCCUACUCUUACGGUGGCGUCGUGGUUCCGCCGCAACUGAUGGCGGAGUACUCCUUCAAGGUGAUCGACGGCGUGCAGUACCGGGCCAAGAAGCACCUGCGCGGCUGUGUCUGCCUGCUGAAGCCCUGCAUUAGCUUCUGCUGCCCGGAGAACCUGGUCUUCGACUCGAAGCACUGGAACUGCUCGAGGCCGCACCAGGUGCGGGAGUCCACGCACGUGCAGCUGACCUACGCCAAUCGGUCGGUGGCACAAGUGCGCAUUCUCGAUCGGUUUGUGGUGCGCACGGAGCUCGGUUGUCGGAACAAGUUCGUGGACAAGAAGCACGAGAGCUUCUGGCAGUGGGAUCUCUUCGAGAACGGCUCGCUGCAGCGGGACAGCCGCCUGUGGACCACGGAUGAGUACUGCUUUAGCCCCCUGGAGCACAAGCCGGAGGAGUGGGAGCUCACUCCGCUCAGCUGCGAGCGCUUCCAAACGGGCUACCGCGUCUGGAUCUACGCUAUUUGCAGUAUUAUAGCCAUCAUCAUCAACAUCUUUAUACUCUCACUGUUGGGCGCUGUGAGAGAUGCCAGGAAAAGUCACUAUGGCCAGCUGAUCAUCUACUACCUGCUCUCCAUGACCGUGGGCUAUUCCCUGUUGGUUUACUUGGCCCUGAAGAAUCCCAUGAGGCUUUCGCACACGGCUUGCAGGAAUAUAGGUUUGCUGGCCUACUUUUGCAUCAUGCUCUCCUUCGUCUUCCUGGCCAUUUGCAGUCUGGACUUCCUGCUCAAGUUCAAACAAAAGGCUGUAAGAAACUGGGUGCGUCGCUUGUCGUACGCCCUGGCGGUCCUGGCGGUUAUUGGUUUGAGGUUUUUGGUGUCCUUCGCCCAGGACUCCCAGUUGCCCAAGCACUACAAGCCAGGCAUGGGGGAAGAUUACUGCUGGUUCGAUGUCCGCACCUGGGGCAUUUUGAUCUACUACUACGCACCCAUUGCACUCUUGCUGGUGUUCAGCAUUGUGUGCUGCCUGAAGGCCUACUUUUCCAUCUACGAACUGCCACCAGAUACUCAGUACAUAUUGGGAACUCAACUGAAGAUCAUCAAGACCCAUUUCUAUGCUUUCAGUGCCUACAUAGUGGGCGUGUUUGCCGUUUGGGUUCGGGAAAUAGUCGUCUAUGUGAUGGCAAGAGUAAGAGAGCACUUCUUCAUCAUCGACUUCUGGAGCGGAAUCUGCAUCCUGGGCCUGGCCAUAGCUGGCUUUAUCCUGCUUCUUGGCAAGAAUUUGCACGUGAAAUCCUGGUGGGCCAUCAAUGUGGAAUCAAGUCAAACCGAUCUGAGUGUCAUUAACGCCCGCGUCUACAAGUUUGAUGAGAGAGGCGAUUUGAAAUCUUCGGAUUCACCCUAUAAGCCGACAGUGACAUCACUUUAAUUGGAACUGAGAUGGUUGCUCAUCUAUGAACCCUUGUAUUUGCUUUGCUGAUGAAUCAUUUAGUCUGUCGCAGAGAUAAGUGUAUAUAAAAUAAGUGCCUCAGUAUACUAGCUAUAAGAUGAACUGCAUAAAUACCAUUAGAAGAUCAAAAGAA